AUGUCUUCCUCCCAAAGCGACAAGAGAAGUUCUGUUGCAAAGAUGGGCAAAUUAGCUCAACGCAAAGCUGAGAAAGAUCUUGUCCUUGUUGACACCGAGCUUCCGUCCCCUUCUGUUCUGGUUGUUACUCUGACUCAUGAGUCCAAGGUUCAGGUUAUGCAAGAUGCAGGGGUACAAGCCGGGACGGGCGUUCUGUGUGUGCCGGACACUUUGGCUCAGCCUUCUUAUUCAUCCACGACUUCAAUUCCUGUCACUUAUAAAGAAAAGAAUGCUAAGCCGAUGCGGCCUCUUUCAGAUAGAAGAGAUAUUGUCCUGGCUUUGCCAUCUGCAAGUGCUACUCCGGUCGUUCCACUGAAGGGCCGGAAGAGGAAGUGCAUCAGGGGAAAUGAUGAGGACCCUUUGCAGCAGGAAGGGCUGAGUCUGGCGUCAGGACUCCGUGGCAGAGACUUGGCCUUUGCGACUAUUGAUGGUGGGAUGGCCGUGGUUCAGGCACUCGAGGGCAAAACUCUUUUGUCUUUACAGGCCGAGGAGACAAGGUUGUCCGCUUGCAAGGGAGACCUUGCAGCCGUGCACGGGAGUUUCAACCUCAUCUUGGCUGACCUGAAGUUCGAAUGUUUCCUUCCGAAAUGUUCAGAAGACCCAGAGGGGCAAGAUCUAGCGGUCGUGGAAAGCGGAGACAUCCCUAAUUUUUGA